AAUCAACAACGCAAUUGUCCGAGGUAUAGGAUGCAUAAGCUUUCCAAACAUGCCAGAAGAUCAUCCCUGGAACCAUAUGUUUAUAAAUGUCCAUCAAAGUUUUUGAGCUAGCUUCUAACCACCAUGAAAAACAUACUUGUCUAUAUGACACAGACCAUGAAGCAUUGAAGAUUCUCUUAUUUGUUAUAUUCCCACAAUCGCACUGAUUUUGGCUUAUGUUGUAAAAACUGGACCAUGAUGCGACCUAAACGAGUGAUCAAGUAACGGGUCAACCUGGACCCGGUGGAUCAAACCGAACACUAAGUUACAACAAGGUUCAUUUAAUUUCUCUGUUGGAUUGCAGCUUACACCAUUUCGCAACACACCUAGGAAAGGGGUCAAUGGUCAACCGGACUAGGUAAAAGACCAGCUCACCGGUUUUCGAGCAAACCUACCCGGUCCGGUUCAGUUUAUUAAACAUUGGUUUGGGAUGGAAGUAAUGUUCCCUGUAAGAUCAACGAUGUAACUAUAAAAAAAGUGAAGAUAACAAUGGAAGAUAAUAGUUAGAUGGAACAAAUAAGAUGACACACCUCGGGAGAGUUCAAGAGCUUCUGCGCCCACUAGGUUUUCCAAUGCUCGGUGAUGAUGGCAACAGCUGCCAUGGAGGGGGCGGCACCUCCCCCCCAUCGGUGAAACAUGCAUGGGGUGCUCGGUCAUUUGCUUCGGUAGUGUCUGACACUUCGAAUCAGCCUUUAUCUUCAAAUGUUAUUUCACAUUUCAAGGGAAUGCCAUCAAUAACUUUUCCGGAGGAGGAAAUCCAGGUUCUUGCGUCUAAACACAAGAGAGCACUGGUGGGAUAUUUUUUUAAUGGCAGACCUCCUAUGGCAUAUCUUCGUAAGGCUUUUGAUCUUAUUGGCUUUAAGGGUGGUUUUCAUUUGGGAAUUUUGGAGAGAAAACAUA